AUGUCUCUUCCCCUUCGGAAGCUAGGCCGAGAUGGCCCCCCGAUUUCCCCAGUUGGUCUCGGUUUCGGAAGUAUCGGUGGGUUUUACGGACCGGCUGGAACCUUCGAUGAUAAAGUGGCUCUUCUCGACCAUGCCCACGCCGCUGGGCUACGCUUCUGGGAUCUUUCUGACAUCUAUGGUGACUCCGAGGAAGUUGUUGGUGAAUGGAUCAAGCGAUCGGGAAAACGCGAGGAUGUCUUCAUAGGCACUAAGUUCUCACUUAUUCGCCGGCCGAGUGGCAUCCAUGUUUUUCGCUCUGAUCCUGAUUAUGUGAAAGAGGCAUGCGAGAAAAGUCUACAAAGACUUGGGGUCAACACCAUUGACCUCUACUAUUGCCAUGCAGUCGAUGGAGUCACGCCCAUUGAAAAGACCGUGGAAGCUAUGGUGCAAUUGAAGAAAGAAGGCAAGAUUCGGUAUAUCGGUUUGUCUGGUAUCUCAGCAGCAACGUUGCGUCGAGCACAUGCCAUUCACCCGAUUGAUGCUCUUCAAUGGGAAUACAGCCUUUUCACACUAGAUAUAGAAUCGCCCGAAUCGAAUAUCCUGAGCACCUGUCGCGAAUUAGGGGUGACUCUUAUAGCCUUCUGUCCCAUGGGACGUGGCGUUCUGACAGGCCAUUUUACCUCUCACAGAGACCUCCCAGAGACUGACACUCGCCACCAAUACCCUAAGUACGCGGACACAAACGCACCUGCCAUCGCAGAGCUGGUGCAAGGUAUCAGGGAUGUGGCCGAUGCCCAUGCGAGCACUCCAGCACAGAUCGCUAUUGCAUGGUUAUUGGCACAAGGACCAGAAAUAAUCCCGAUACCAGGCACUAAAUCCACGGCCAAGAUGGAUGAGAAUGCGGCAUCUGCGCUGCUUCAGUUGACCCAAGAAGAAGUGCAAACCAUCCGUGAGCUGGCAGAGAAGGCUGAAAUUGAAGGUUCUCGGUAUCAUCCUGCGUGA